AUGUCUCUAGAAGAUAAUGACUUGGACUCCAUGCCAGAUAGAAUUGCUGAAACCUUCGCUGGCUUGACUCUUCUAGUGACUGGAGGAACAGGUUUUAUGGGGAAGGUUCUAGUGGAAAAAUUAUUACGAAAAUGUCCUGAUAUAACAAAAAUCAUGCUUUUAGUUCGUCCGAAGAAAGGAAAAUCUCCGAAACAACGUCUCGAGGAAAUGUUGAAUGAUGAGUUAUUCGCUAAGGUACGAAAUCUUCGUGGAGGUGUUGAACCGUUAUUGGAGAAGCUUCAAAUAGUUUGCGGUGAUGUUAGUGCUCCAGACUUGGCUAUCAGCAAUGAAGACAAAAUGAAUAUUAUACAAAAUGUACAUAUAGUGCUGCACGCUGCGGCUACUAUAAGGUUCGACGAAGAAUUAAAGAAGGCUGUAUUUUUGAAUGUUCGAGGAACCAAAUUAAUUAUAGAGUUGGCGAAGCAGUGUAAGAAACUUAAGCUGUUCAUCCACAUUUCGACUGCGUACUGCCAUCUUCAUGAGAAACUCCUGGAAGAAAAGCCUUACCCACCACCAGCGGAUCCUCAUAAAAUUAUAGAAGCUAUGGAAUGGAUGACUGACGAUGCGGUCUCAACUAUCACACCCACUUUGCUGAGCAAACUGCCAAAUUCUUAUGCUUUUACGAAAGCAUUGGGAGAAGCUUUGGCUGUUGAGGCUAUGGAACAUAUACCUGUUAUCGUGUUACGACCUUCCAUUGUGAUUCCGGUGUGGCAAGACCCCGUGCCUGGUUGGACAGACAACAUAAACGGCCCCACGGGAUUGCUCAUUGGUGCCGGGAAAGGUGUCAUCAGAACAAUGUAUUGUAAAAGUAACAGCUACGCAGACUAUUUGCCAGUUGACGUUUUCAUUAAUGGCAUCAUGAUCUGCGUUUGGAAUUACAUCAAAAUGGGUGAGACGAAAUCCAAUGUGAUCAAUUUCACGUCAUCCGCUGAGAUCAAAGUCACGUGGCUGGAGAUGAUAGACGCUGGGCGGGAGAUAAUAAUGAACAGAGUGCCUCUGAACGGUGUUGUUUGUCUAAUGAGAGUUCAUCGCCGCAUCAGUAAGGGUUUCGAAGUCUUCGAGUACUACACUAACAACCAAUGGGACUUUAAAUCAGACAUAGCUCAAACGGUUCGACAGAAAUUGAAUCCUAGAGAGAGAAGAGAUUACAAAGUUGACGCUAUCGGCUUGGAUAUAUCAAAAUAUUUCGAGGACUGUAUUCGUGCUGCUCGCAUCUUCAUCCUCAAAGAAUCAGAUGACACCUUACCGGCUGCCAGACGUCACAUGAAAAUAAUGUGGUUCGUCGAUAUCGUUGCACAACUCCUGUUCUGGUCUCUCAUGCUGUACUGGUUCUCUGGAUGGAUGAGCAGCUUCUACUCGUUUUUAGUUGGUUCCAGUAAUAUCACGCCUGAGGCAAUGGUUGAAUAA